AUGUGCCCGUGCCCCCUGCACCGCGGCCGCGGCCCCCCGGCCGUGUGCGCCUGCAGCGCGGGCCGCCUGGGUCUGCGCUCGUCCGCCGCGCAGCUCACGGCCGCUCGGCUCAAGGCGCUCGGCGACGAGCUGCACCAGCGCACCAUGUGGCGGCGCCGCGCGCGGAGCCGGAGGGCGCCGGCGCCCGGCGCUCUCCCCACCUACUGGCCCUGGCUGUGCGCGGCCGCGCAGGUGGCGGCGCUGGCGGCCUGGCUGCUCGGCAGGCGGAACUUGUAGGAACGCGGGGCUUCUUGGUGGGGCCGGAGCCGAGACCCAGCCGGAGAGAGCAACAGGUUGGUGAAAACCCUGUGUCCUUGGAGAAAGCUGGUUCCCAUUUUCCUGAGGGGGAGCCCAGAGCUUGAAAGGCCGCAGUUGGCGCU